AGGGUUAGCUUGCUCCGUCAGUUUGGUGCUCUUGCUUCAUCUUCUCUGCGACUCGCGAGCCCCGACUCCUGAAGGAGACCGAAGGCUUCCCUCUUUUUUUAGUUAAUUGUCCGUUCUUCCGAGAAGAUUUUCAUUGACCCAACGGGACAUCGCUGGCGAAAUAACUCUUUGCAGUGUCGCUUCGGCUUUCCGCGAGUGAAUCUGAGCAAUCUCAUAGCUGAUAUGGCGAAGCGCGAGCUCUCAAGCACCUUGAGGAAUUUGAAGUUCAUGCAAAGGGCGGCUGCGAGAGAGGAGAAGCCCAAGAAGGAGGGUGAAGCGAAAGCUAAUGGAGAUUUCCUUUCCUCUGCUUCAGUUCGUAAGAAAUGCGUUGUCAUAAUGGAAGGUGAUCCUCAUCCUGGAGCAGUCAUUGGACGAAUGUCUUUCCAGUGUUUUAAUCCUUCUAUAGAUAAAAUGAAUGAAGAGGCGGUAAAUCCUCGUCAGCCAGAUGCUCCAGUGACAUCUUCUGGUACUCAAAGUGAAGGAUCUUCUUUCAGGGAUAAUCGGUCUGCAAUGAAUGGAGAAGAACCUGUUAGCUUUGAUGAGCAGAAUUCUGAAGGGAAUGGAGACCUUAAAAGAAAGCAAACUGAAGUUGUAGCAGGGACUCCAUAUCCCAGCAAAUUGCCAAGAACUAUGCAAAGUGAUACUCAACAGUCAUCGCCUGCCGGCAGUCGAAGUUCUCGUAAGCAACCAAAACGGGAAAAGCUAGAUUGGAAUAUUCUGAGACCAUCGAAGGGUCAACUAGAAAAAUAAGAAUGUAUGAAGUAUUGACGGAGGAUGCUCAUUGAUCUUGUUGUUCCACCGUCUCUGUUAGACAUUUAAUCGAUAGAAUUAUAGUGCAGUUGAUUGUUGUCAUGGGAGCAAGCAUUGUGUGGGUUGUUAUGCCAAAUCUCUAGUUCAUUGAAUUUCUUUGCCCAAUUGCUCUGUACUUCCCUUAUGGAUUUCUGAAUCAGGGAGAGAGAGAGAGAGAGAGAGAGAGAGAGAGAGAGAGAGGUCAAUCAAAUGCAGAGAAUUAAGCAUCUCUGCCUUUGGUCAAAGUAUUUUAAUUGUGGAUAUUGGCUAAACUAUUGGAGCUUAUUUGAGAUGUGCUAUUGACCUGA